AGGACGUAUCGAGUGUCCGUAUUGCGGAACGCCUCUCGGAGCGGAGAGAGAGAACCCAUAAGAGGGCCGGGGACGCGCCGGGGUCUCUGAAAGUCUCGCGAUUAGCGGAGCAUCAUGGCUGGAUCCUCGGCGGACACCUUGGUCUCCAAAACUCCCCAGGAGGUGAAAAAGUGCCAAGACUGGGAUAUGUGUUCAAAGCAGCCCACAGGGAUACCUUUGUCGAGGAAGCUGUGUUAUGCUGUGGGAGGUGCCCCGUAUCAGAUGACAGCCAAUGCCAAGGGCUUCUUCAUGCAGAUCUUUCUUCUGGAUGUUGCACAAAUGGAUGCCUUCUAUGCAUCCAUGAUCCUCUUCCUUGGUCGAGCAUGGGAUGCUAUUUCAGACCCCCUGGUUGGGUAUGCCGUCAGCAAGAGUAGAAAGACCCGUAUUGGCAAGCUCCUACCGUGGAUUGUGUUAUCCACCCCCUUCGGCAUCCUGUCCUAUGUGAUGAUGUGGUACACGCCUCAGGAGACCAUGUCUCCAGCCUUCAGCUUCUCCUGGUACUUCACCAUGUGCUGCCUCUUCGAUGCCUUCAUGAGUUGUUACCAUGUUCCCUACUCAUCCCUGAACAUGUUCUUAGGGGGGAACCAGAAGGAUAGAGACUCGGCCACAGGCUACAGAAUGGGAGUGGAGGUGUUCUCCACGCUGGCUGGGGCUGCCAUUCAGGGUCAGAUCGUGGGGGUAUUCCAUGCAAAGAAGGUCCAGACCUGUAGCCAGCUGAACCACAGCGAACCUUCUCAGCAGAACCUCACCUUGCCUCUUGGUGAUACUCUGGCAAAAAUGAGGAUGGCCUAUGUGGUUGCUGCAGUGAUCAUAGCAUCCCUCUACUUCCUGUGUUGCCUUGUGCUCUUCUUGGGCGUGAAGGAGCAGUUGGCCCCUCUGAGCACUCUGGACCGAAUCCGAAUACCGUAUGUGUCUGGCUUGAAGAUGGUGGUGAAACAUACUGCCUAUGUGAAACUUGUCUUUGGCUUCCUCUUCGCCUCUCUAGCCUUCCAGAUGGCCCAAGGAAACUUUGCCUUGUUCAAUACCUACGCAGCUGGCCUGGGCCCGUACUUUCAACACCUGGUCCUCAUCCUGCUGACAGCUGCUACGCUGUCCAUCCCACUGUGGCAGACCCUCCUCGUCAGAAUCGGCAAGAAGACCACCAUCUUCAUUGGCCUGACGAUAUACAUCCCAGCUCUGAUCAUCAUUGCAUCCAUAAAGAGCAACCUCACAGUCUACAUCCUCAUGUCCAUCAUGGCUGGAUCUAGCCUUGCGGCCCUAUACCUGCUCCCCUGGUCUAUGUUACCAGAUGUGGUUGAUGACUUCAAGGUGAAGAAUCCCACCUGCACAGACCUUGAACCCAUGUUCUACUCCUGCUAUGUCUUCUUUAACAAGUUUGGUGGGGGUGUGUCUGCUGGGGUGUCCACCUUGGCGUUGCACUUUGCCGGGUACAGCCCUGGUGCCUGCAAGCAGAAGGACCAGGUGGUGACCACACUGCGGGUGCUGUUUGCACCAGUGCCCAUUGGUCUGCUGCUUAUAGGAAUGGUGCUCUUCUAUUUCUACCCCAUCGAUGAGUCUCGGCGAAAGCAGAUCCAGAUCGAGCUGGACAAGGCCAGCAAGGAGGACCAGAGCUCUACUCAGCACAAUUUGCCUCUCGAGAGCCACACAGAGCCUCCCAACACAAAUGCCAUCUAGAAACCUUGCCACUCUGUUGGGGGGAAAAAAAAAAAAAAAGCCGUCAGUCCGUCUUGUCAGCCUUUCCUUGUCUUUUGAUACGUGUGUCAGCAAUGAGGUAAUUUGCCUUCUAUAGAUAACCACCUCGAAGUCCAACAAAAUAUAAAAACACACAUAAUAUAAACUUUUCCCAAGGUAAUUAGUGAAACUAAAUGUAAGCUUAGGAAAUGAAAAAGGCUACUGAGCUUUAGUAGCUGCAACUCAUCUCCCAAAGAAGAAGGAAGUGAACAGAAGAAUAUCAUAUAAUGGCCAGAGUUUCGAGUUCUUUAUAACUGAUAGACUAACUCAAAUCAUUGUCUAACAUCAGAAAACAUGUACAUUUCCAUCCAAUAAAUGAACAUCAAAAUAAUAUACUACAUGCACAUUCAUAUAUUCCAGGUUCUUCUACAUGUGUCUGUGCGGAGUUUGCAUGUUCUCCCCAUGUCUGCGUGGGUUUCCUCUGGGUGCUCUGGUU